AUGAGCGACACCGCCAGCAACGAGGCCUCGUCGCCAACAUUCGAGAAGCCCGUGAGGACCAGCUCCUCCGGCCCCCAGAUCCAGCGGAAUGCCAGCACCAAGCAGCUAAAGCUGAUGAACGGCCCCCUCUACCAGCAAGGCCACAACAACGUCAACGUUGUGCUUAUCCGAAGAGUCAGGAGGACAGACGACAGCGCCUGGAAGAUGCUGAGCCGCUGGAUGGUUGAGAACCAAGUCGGCCUCUCUUUCAACCUCCUGGCCCUCCUCUUUCUCGCCCACUUCUUCAUCCCAAAGGCGCAGCCUCACACGGUCAAGUUCUUCACUCUGUCCUACUACAACCAAGAAACUGGCCUGUAUGGCGCCGGCCUCGGUGACUCGAGUCUCCUCGCCUUCUGCAUCGUCCUCUUCACCGGCCUGCGCGCCGCCACCAUGGAAUACGUGCUGGCACCCUUGGCCAAGGGUUGGGGCAUCAAGAAGCGCAAGGACCUCACCCGCUUCAGCGAGCAGGCCUGGCUGCUGAUUUACUACAUGGUUUUCUGGCCCCUGGGCAUGUACAUCUACAAGUCGUCUCCCUACUGGCUGAACCUCCGCGAGCUGUGGACGAACUGGCCCCAGCGUGAGCUUUCCGGCCUGACCAAGUUCUACAUCCUCGCGCAGUGGGCUUUCUGGCUGCAGCAGAUUCUUGUCAUCAACAUUGAGGAGCGUCGCAAGGACCACUGGCAGAUGUUCACCCACCACAUCAUCACCUGCACCCUGAUCUCCGCCUGCUACAGCUAUCACCAGACCCGCGUCGGAAACCUCAUUCUUGUUCUCAUGGAUGUUGUUGAUCUCUUCUUCCCUCUCGCCAAGUGCCUCAAGUACGUCGGGCUGAACACUCUCUGCGACUUCAUGUUCGGCGCCUUUGUCCUGUCGUGGUUGGUGGCCCGCCACGUCUUCUACCUGAUGGUGUGCUGGUCCAUCCACACCCACAUCCCCGAGGAGAUCCCCGACUCGUGCUACACCGGCCAACACCCCAACCUGGACGGACCGCUGCCCAUCCCCGAAGGCAAGAGCUGGAUGCUGGAGCCUUUCUACAAGACGGACGGCAUCGUAUGCUGGAACUCCACCAUCCGCUGGUCCUUCCUCUCCGCUCUUCUUGUUCUGCAGGUCAUUACCAUUGGAUGGUUCUUUAUGAUUCUGCGUGUUGUCAUGAAGGUCCUUCGCGGCGGAAACGCCGAGGACACCCGCAGUGACGAUGAGGGCGAGGGCGAGGAGGAGGAAGACUACGUCUACGAGGAGGCGCAGGCUCUGGAGGAGGAGGUUGGCGUUGAGGACAUCGACCUCAAGAGCUGGGAGCGGAGAACGGGCAUAAAGAGGCAGGCAAGCUCCUCGGGCGUCAGUCUGCCGGGCCACAGCGAUCGCAAAGAGCUGCUUGGUAGAAUCGGCUGCGAGAAGCAGGUCGACUAA